GGGCUGUUGGGGAGAGGAAAAGAGAGAAAUGGAGGAGUGGAGAGAAAGUGGCAGAGCAGCAGAACAUCAGCGAGUGACGGGUACAUAAAGGGGCACAGAGAAUGUUUGGGGUGGGACAGAAGGUUGAACUGGGCGAGAUGUAAGAAAGGAUGCGAGUGACAUAAUAAAGGGAAAGGAUUGUCCUGAACUGGAAGAAGUACAUCUCCACCCCGGGCUCAAUGAAAGGAGAUACUUUUCAGGUAUUUAGCGUCAGUCUCCCCACACGGACAGAUUAAAGCGCAGGCGGGGUCGGCCGGAUUCAGGAAUCUGCAUACGAGCAGGGGGUGGGCUGCCAGCAGUGACAGGUGUCAAGAGGGUGGGUCAGUGGACAAGCCUAGUGACAGCUCCAUGCUAACCUGUGCUCACUACAUCACUCACUGUCUCACUCACUCGCACAGUCCCUGCAGGCUCGGCUAAAGGGAGGAGGAUCCUUACAGCUGCCCUCUCUGAUGGUGUAUGAUCCCUAGCAGUCAUCCCAUCCUAAUGGGACCAUCCCAGCACUGCUCUGGCACUCAGUGAGCUCCUCUACCUGCUCCUCUACCUGCUCCUCCUGAGUUCCUGCGGCACAGCUGUUUCUCUGGCUGUCAUUUCCUACUGGGGACCUGAUCCAACUCCCACAGCAGCACUGAGCCAGAGGGUACACACACUAACGAGUGGAUCGAAUUCCCUUAGUAGCACCGUGUCAGUGUGUGAAGUCCUGCUGGAGAAGAUUGUGUGGGUUUUAUGAACAGCUGAUUGGAACCCUGAUUGAGACCUACUGUACAGCUGAUCCCAUAGGAGCACAGUGUCCCUGUCCCUGGCAACUACUACUGAGCAGCUGAUCCAAUCGUUAUCACUGGCUUGACUUGUGUCAGGCUGAACCAUCACAUCACUACAGUGUGUCAGAAUGUUGGAUGGACUGAAAAUGGAAGAAAAUAUACAGAACGUCAUUGAAUCAUCAGCAGCACUCUCCUCUCUGUUCGGUCGAACCAUGGAACAGAAGUGGGUAUGUGAGGGAUGCGAACGGGUAAUUUGUGAUCGAUUUCUCCUCCGAAUAAAUGACAGUCUGUGGCAUGAACAGUGUGCCCAAUGCUGUGCCUGCAAAGAGCGACUGGAAAGCAGCUGUUUCUACAGAGACAAAAAGCUUUACUGUAGGAACGACUACGAGAAGCUGUUUGCUGUGAAAUGUGGAUCCUGCCUAGAUACCAUCGCUCCCAGCGAGUUUGUCAUGAGAGCGCAGAAAAAUGUCUACCACUUGGGCUGCUUCUGCUGUUGUGUCUGCGAUAGACAGCUCCAGAAGGGCGAUGAGUUUGUACUGAAAGACGGACAGCUGCUGUGCAAGAGUGACUAUGAGAGAGAAAGAGACCUGCUCAGCCUGGUGAGCCCAGCAGCCUCUGAUUCAGGUAAAAGUGAAGAUGAAGAAGAUUCUGGGAAAUUUGAUGACAGCAAGGGCGCAGAGGAUGGAAAAGACCAAAAACGUCCCAAGAGGCCAAGAACUAUCUUAACAACACAGCAGCGCAGGGCAUUCAAGGCUUCCUUUGAGGUCUCCUCUAAACCUUGCAGGAAGGUGAGGGAGACCCUAGCAGCUGAAACAGGCCUCAGUGUCCGUGUGGUACAAGUCUGGUUCCAGAAUCAAAGAGCCAAGAUGAAAAAGCUGGCAAGGAGACAGCAGCAACAGCAGCAGCAGCAGCAACAAGAUCAGCACAACCCAAGCCGCAUUCCCUCAGCUCAAACACAUAAUUCAAGCAGCUCCAGCAUCGAAGGAAUCAUGAAUGUUUUCACUACCCUGCCACAGCAACAACUUCUUUCCUUAGAGCAGAAUAUGUACAGUUCUGACCCAUUUCAACAAGGUCUUACUCCCCCACAGAUGCCUGGAGACCACAUGCACCCUUAUGGUGGAGAAUCCUUUUUUCAUGAUAUUGACAGCGAUGAUGCUUCCCUUAACAACCUGAGCGAGUGCCUUCUACCAGGACCAGAAUUAGGACCUAUCCAGGGCAGAGUUGGAAACCCAAUUGAUCGCCUUUACUCCAUGCAAAACUCUUAUUUUACAUCCUGAAAAACCAAGCAUAGUACCAGAUCAUCAUAUCAUGGUAUCUUGAUGUUUGGCACUUUUUUUUCUGAUUGUAAUACACUUAAUUAAAAUGAUAGCAGACUGUUUCCUGCCAAUGAUUCUUGUAAGGCAUUACAGUUAAACUGUUGUGAAAAGGCACACAGAAUACAAGAGUGAUAAAAACGAUGGCAAUUUUGUGCGGCUGAAACCAAACAUGCUAACUCUUGAACUGUUCAGCCACUGUUAAGUCGACAGUCCGCCGAAUAUCCCGAGUUGCUGCUACAACUGAAAUACGUUCGUACAACUGGAUUCUGGAUCUCUAAUAAUUAGUUCUAAUAAGGAUGAUUUAAUGUAACACUGAGUCUAAUCUAAAUGUUUCUCCAAAAAUACAGUAGCAGAUAUCUUCAUGGGAACCAGGGACAACAAAAACCUGCUACUCAGUAUGCAUGCAGUGUUACCAAAAGGAAUAUACAGUACAAAAACUGUGCAACAUUGCUAAUAACUGUGAACAUCACCAGCCAUGGUCCAACAUGAAUACAAUUCUCUGUGAGAGCACUCUGGAACAAUACCUAAUCGCUGAAACUGAAAAUCAGUCUUGUUAUAGACAUAGAAAAGACAACAUUGUUGGUACUUGUGCAAUCAGCCAUACACUGGAAACUAGUAGACUGAUAAUUAUAUUUUUUGUAUCCAUUUUACUAACUGAAUUACUCUGCUACAGACUGCACAGACAGGUCGCAUUGUGUUUGGGAUAUAUUUAAUAUUGCACAUAUAUGCCCUUAACUUAUACAAAAUAGUAAUUAGCAUUAUAAUCUUGUAGUAGAUAGUAAAAUUGUGUGUCAAACUCUCUAUGUGAAUUAAAUUUCUUUGUGUUUCAUUAAGUAUGAGUAAACUACUGUAUUUCAACCGUCUAUAUUAUUUCAAUUAUGUUAUUAAGAUUAUGGGUGAACAGUCG